AUGGAUCGUGUUCUCGGUGAUCUGAAGGGAGAAGAAGUAUUCGUCUAUAUUGACGACGUACUCGUCGCUACAGAUAGCGAAGAACGCCAUCUGGAAAUGCUGACAAGAGUAUUUGAAGCGUUCAGAAAGGCAAAAUUGAAAUUCAAACCUCAAAAAUGUCUGUUGAUGGAACGACAAGUAUCGUUCCUAGGACAUAUCAUUAGCGAAAAAGGAGUAAACAUGGACCCAGAUAAGGUGGUGAAAAUCCAACACAUCCGCGUAGUAAGCAGCGUUGAAUGUGAGUCUGAAUGGCUUCAAGAAUUAAAAAACGAUGCAGACUACAGUGAUUUGAUAGAAAAACUGCGUGAAGGUAAAACUGAAAGUGAGGUACAAUUGCCACGCCAAACAAAGAAACUCAAAGUAUGCGACUUCUGCAUUCAUGAAGGCAAUUUACACAUUAUCCUGGAAGAUGGAUCACUUGCAAAAGUCGUUCCCCAAAUCCAAGAGAUUCGAAGUGUUCAACGAAGUGCAUGCUGGACCCUUUUCAGGUCACUUCAACGCAAAGAAAAUAGGCAGAUUCCUGAAGAAGCGUGUCUUUUGGGAGGGCCUCCAACAGGAUGUAGCGAAGUGGUAGGACCCUCUUCAAGCGGGAAUGAGAUAUCUGGUCGUUAUCAAUCGACCAUUUCUCGAAGUGGCUCGGAGCAUAUCCCGUUUCUUCUAAGUCUGCUGAAGAGAUCGCGAAGGUGA